AUGUUCACUGGUCUGAGCAAAGUUCUGUCUUUGGAAGAAGAGGAUAGCUUGAGGGUGUUAUUUAACAAGCUGGAAAUACAAUUGGAGCAUGCAAAGCAAGCCUUUGUGCAAAGGGACAAUGCCAGGACCGGAAAAGUUACAGCCAUUGACUUCCGAGACAUCAUGGUCACCAUCCGCCCCCACGUCUUGACUCCUUUUGUAGAAGAAUGUCUAGUAGCUGCUGCUGGAGGUACUACAUCCCAUCAAGUUAGCUUCUCCUAUUUUAAUGGAUUUAAUUCACUCCUUAACAACAUGGAACUCAUUAGAAAGAUCUACAGCACUCUGGCUGGCAACAGGAAAGAUGUAGAGGUGACUAAGGGGGAGUUUGUUCUGGCAGCUCAGAAAUUUGGUCAGGUUACACCCAUGGAAGUUGACAUCUUGUUUCAGUUAGCAGAUUUAUAUGAGCCACGCGGACGUAUGACCUUAGCAGACAUUGAACGAAUUGCUCCACUGGAAGAGGGAACUCUGCCCUUCAACUUGGCUGAGGCCCAGAAGCAGAAGAAGGCCUCAGUGGAUUCCUCCCGACCGGUUCUCCUGCAGGUUGCAGAGUCGGCCUACAGGUUUGGGCUGGGUUCCAUUGCUGGAGCUGUUGGAGCCACUGCUGUGUAUCCUAUCGAUCUCGUAAAAACUCGAAUGCAGAACCAACGAUCAACUGGCUCUUUUGUGGGAGAACUUAUGUAUAAAAACAGCUUUGACUGUUUUAAGAAGGUGCUACGCUACGAAGGCUUCUUUGGACUGUACAGAGGUCUGUUGCCACAGUUACUGGGAGUUGCCCCAGAGAAGGCCAUAAAACUUACAGUAAGGCCUUUCUGGGGCCUUUUGGUGAAUCCAUCCUCGGUCUUCUCCUACCAAGAUUGUUUGGCCCGCCUCCUGAGAGGAGGUGAGCAGAAGGCAGGAGGCUCCCAGGUGAUUUUCACGAAUCCUUUGGAAAUUGUCAAGAUCCGUUUGCAAGUGGCUGGAGAGAUCACCACUGGUCCCCGAGUCAGUGCCCUGUCCGUCGUAAGGGACCUGGGGUUCUUUGGGAUCUACAAGCUGUUGUUUCCCCAUUUCUUCAAAGCUCGUGUGUUUCGGUCCUCCCCCCAGUUUGGUGUAACUUUGCUGACGUAUGAAUUGCUACAGCGAUGGUUCUACGUUGACUUUGGAGGCGUGAAACCCAUGGGAUCAGAGCCAGUUCCUAAAUCCAGGAUCAUACUGCCUGCUCCCAAUCCUGAUCACGUUGGAGGCUACAGACUGGCAGUUGCGACAUUUGCAGGGAUUGAAAACAAAUUUGGACUUUACCUACCUCUCUUCAAGCCGCCGGCUUCUACUUCAGCGGUGAUCAGCGCAGGCCCGUAGGAGGAGCCCGCUGGGGGUGGAGAGUGCCUUGUCUCCCAUGGAAACAGUGUUCCUCCUUUCACUUCCAUCUCUUGUUUAAAUUCAAGUGGAGGCUUUUUAUAAGGUGAAAUCAUUCAUUUUCUGUGUGUUUUCUUAACCGGAUCAUUGUGAAAUUAUUCAUAAUUAUUCUUUGGGCCUCUGCUCACGAACCUGUGUGUGUAUCUGACAUUUACUGGGAUUUGGUCAACACUAACAUGUUUGGGGAAAGGAACGAGUCUGAAUUGAAGUUAGAGCUACUCUCCUUGGAUUAGGAUUAUAGUCCCAAAGAGAUUACUGAAAGGCAAUCAUGGUGCUCAGAGCAAAGUGUUUCAUGCAUGUUUCAACUGGUAGGAAGCUGGGUGCAUAUUUAUCACUAUAAAAAACACUGGAAGAAAUGAAAAAAAUGAUCAGAAAUAGCCAGCCUGGCUUCAGAUUUUAAACAUGUACUAAUUCUUUUUCUGGAUUAUAUUCUGAAGCUUUUAUAUGAAACCUUUUUUUUUUUUUUUUGGUAAUGAAAACCACAUUGAGGAUGUUUCAUAAUCAUACUGUUAGUGGUACCAAGACUCUUAGAGAGAAGUCCUUGUAUUUUCGGGAAGUACUUUAGGUAUUAUAUCCCGUAGACAGAGAACCUGGGAGCUGCAGCACCUCUCCGGGAUGUGCUAAUUUUGGAUCACGGCUCAUCUGAUGACACGUGCUGGUCACUGCCUGUUACAGCAGACGCUGUGGGACCACAUGCCCCCAGCACUGGCGCCUGCCUCUGUGCCCUCCCGGCCCUCCCGUCGUCGGCACCUAUCGCUUUUAAAGUCCCAUUCAUUUUGAAUCAUGUGAGACAAAUAUAUUCUGAUACAUGUUUUUAUUUAAUUUGUGGUGCCUUGCAUAAUGGUCAGAAGGCUCAAGUGUUUGUGAAGGAGGAAAUAAACUAUUUUUAAAGCUA